CCGGGGUGCCGAGGGAGGACCCGGCAAGCUCCCCGAAUGAGCCGCCACGUCCCCACUCCCCUCUGCAGCUGGAGAGCUAUAUCCAGAUGAGCAUGAAGCCGGAGAUGGCGCAGCUGCGGCAGACGGCGGUGCAGAACCAGACCGCCACCAUGCUGGAAAUCGGCAGCACCCUCCUCAACCAGAGCGCCGAGCAGAGCCGCAAGCUCACCGACGUGGAGGCCCAGGUGCUGAACCAGACGUCACGUAUCGAGAUGCAGCUGCAGGAGAACUCCCUGUCCACCACCAAGCUGGAGAAGCAGCUGCUGCUGCAGACCAAUGAGAUCCACAAGCUGCAGAACAGGAACAACAUCCUGGAGGUGCGGGUGCUGGAGAUGGAGACGAAGCACCAGGCGGAGCUGGCGGGGGCCCGCUCGGAGAAGGAGAAGCUGCAGCGCCUGGUGAUCCGGCAGAGUGGCACCAUCGAGGAGCUGGAGAAGUCGCUGCUGGCCGCCAGUGCCAACACCAGCCUGCUCCAGCACCAGCAGCUCCAGCUCCUCCAGUCAGUGCAGAGCCUGGUGCGCCUCGUCUCCCAGGGCAGAGCCCCGCAGCCCGGGCAGGAGCAGCUCUUCCAGGACUGCGCCGAGGUGCGCCGGGCGGGCAUCCGUGCCAGCGGGGUCUACACCCUCCACAUCGCCAACCUCAGCGAGCCCAAAAAGGCGUACUGCGACAUGGAGACGGACCGAGGGGGCUGGACCGUCAUUCAGCUCCGCGCCAACGGCAGCCUCAGCUUCCAGAGGAGCUGGAGGGAGUACAAGCAGGGCUUCGGGGAUGCAGCGGGUGAGUACUGGCUGGGUAACGAGGCCGUGCACCUCCUGACGAGCCAGGCGCCCUACGCCCUGCGCAUCGAGCUGCGGGACUGGGAGGGCGGCCAGGUCUAUGCCCACUACGGGAAAUUCCAGCUGGGGAGCGAGCGGCAGCUUUACAGGCUCUCGCUGCAGGACUACAGCGGCACGGCCGGGCAGCAGAGUGGCAUGGCGCUGCAGGGCACCCGCUUCAGCACCCGCGACGCCGACAACGACAACUGCCUCUGCAAGUGCGCCCAGAUGCUGUCGGGAGGCUGGUGGUUCGAUGCCUGUGGCCUCUCCAACCUGAACGGCAUCUACUACCCAGCCCGGCACAACAUCCGCAAGCUCAACGGCAUCCGCUGGCACCAUUUCCAGGGCCCCAGCUACUCCCUGAAGGGCACCCGCAUGCUGAUACGACCCGCCAGCUUCUAG